AUGAACAACAAAGCGUUUAUUCUAGAUACAGGCGCGAAUUCGAUAAAAUGUGGCUACGACUCGGACGAGCAGCCAUUGCACUUUCCCAACUCGAUCUGGCGACCCAAAACGGGGAGACUCAUUGUUUCCGAUGAAGUUAACGAGAAACGAAAUGGCGGCUCCCUUUUCCACCUUUCUCCUAUGAAAAAAGGAUACAUCGUCAACUGGGACGUCCAGAGAACAGUUUGGGAGCAUGUAAUACGCGACAAGCUCAAAAUGGACCCUACUGAAUAUACCGCCGUUAUAACCGAGCCACAAUUCGACCCCCUUGCCAAUCAAAGAGCUCUAGACGAGGUGUUCUUCGAAGAUUACGGCUUCAGCGCGAUUUACCGCUCAAACACUACUUCCAUAGUUGCCGAUAGAUAUCAAGAGAUCUCCAAAUCUUUCGGCUGCGUUGUCGUCGAGUGCGGUCACAGUUUUACUCAUAUUGUGCCGUAUUGGGGAGAGAAGAAGCUCAAGAAUGCGAUUAUAAGACUUGACAUUGGUGGGAAACUCAUCUCAAAUUAUAUGAAAGAAGUGAUUUCAUACAGACAGCUGAAUUUGAUGGAAGAAUUCCGAAUGUGCCAGGAAAUAAAAGAGAAACUUUGCUUCCUGUCGAAAAACUUCAAGUCUGAUAUGAGUAAGCGCGAGCAACUCAAACGCAUCUUUGUCUUGCCAAAUCUAUCUGCAGAGUCGCCCGGUUACUUUUUGCCGGAAAACGAGCCUCCUCCCUGCAAUGCUCAAUUCCUUUCCUUGUCUCGUGAGCGAUUCCAAGUUCCCGAAAUACUUUUCUCGCCGCACGAAAUUGGAAUCAACUCACUCGGACUCGGCGAAGCCAUUGUCGAAGCAAUUAUGAGAACGGACGAGCUUCAGAGGCCGAUUCUCUUUAAAAACAUUAUGCGUGUUUUGGAAAGCGUGAGAGGAUUGACAACCGACGAAUACGAUGUCCGCGUCGGCGAGUCAGCGCAGCCAGCCGAUUACGCAUUUAACUGCGCGCGCAUCCUUUCGCAAGGAGUUGGCUUCGAAGACGACGUUCUCACCCGUACGCAAUGGCUCGAAGAAGGAGAAAGAAUAUCCGACCAGUUUUUCUACCAAAUCUAA